ACUGCAUUGAAUUCAGAAACAGAACAAAAACACGUUCAAACACAGAAGCUCGGACGGGAAAAACGAUUCGAGAAGAGAAGAGAAGAGACGAGACAGAGAGAUAAGGGAAUCUAAUCGAAGUAAUAAUGUUCAGCAGCCUGAUAGUGUUAUCAGUUGCUCAUCUAUCAGCGGAUACAUGGCAACGGUUAUCGUGUAUACGUCUACAAGACCGGAUAAGCAGCCACCAGUUGUUGGAUCUGGUCUGCUGUUUUCCUCUUCAGCAACUCGGCCGUCUGGCCCUAUGCAUCUGGACCUUCCUCUGCCUUCCUUCGCCCGAUUCCUUCUACGUGUAUUCCUACUCCGAUGAUGACUCCGACUCUGAUGAUUCCGAUCAUGAUCGUGAUCACCGUCAUCGUCAGCAACAGAGUCAUCACCGACUUGGCUCUUCUUCUUCAUCUACUGUCGAUCUCGAUGCGUACUACUACGAGUCCAACUCCCAUUCGGAUUGAUUGAUUCUUCUGGUUCUACACCGUCCGCGUUUUGUAAAGAUUCACAUAUUUGUUUGCAAUGAUGUGUCAACUCUCAUAAAGCUUGAUGAUAUGUGAUUGUACAAAUUGGUGAUUCUGAAUAUGCAUCAUAGUAAGCUGAAGUGUGAAGAUUAAUUGGUAAUAAGUUUUUUUUGUCUUGGAAAAUCCGUUUGGUAUUAUUCUCUACUUCUAUCUGAGUUUAUGGAAUUGGUGGCGAACUGCUUUUACUUUUUGAGUAUGUAUAUUGCUUUUGGAAUCAAUUCGCUUUGUUGCUCUUGCAUAUCAUUUAACAAAGAUUCUUAGGUUAAUUACAAAUUUAGUAGGCAUUUGAGGUCAGUGUUCAUUCUUAAUCUUUCUUCCUUCCCCCUUCAGAUGAUAAAUCUAUUUAUUUAACGAGCAUAUUCCUGGCAAUAGUAUGAUGUCAUUCCAGUUCAUGUGAUAGAGUUAUUUCUAGUAUUUUGUAGGUUAAUUACUUCUACUCGUCAACUUAGCACCCUAUAUUCUUGAACACUUGAUGCACCUGUGCUCUCUAAAGAGGGUAUUGAAGCCAUGCAUGUCCUUCGGAUGUUGUUCUGUUUUACGUAAGCAGAAUAAGCCAAGAAGCUAAAACACUGAUUCACCACAUACCAGUGAUUGUAAUCUUAGGGAGGGGGCAGGUUGAAAGAGAGUCGCAAUGUUUUUUACGUUGACGAAGUAGGUAACCAAAAUGAUACAGAAACUUUAUGCUAGUAGCCAAGUAGUAAGCUUUAACUAAAGCAGAUCCAUUCCUUCCCUUCGUGUAUAUCUGACAAAAGAGGAUAUAUUCCAAAGUGUACUAUCAUCCAAUGGGUUAAAUAACCAUGAUAUCACUAAGAAGAGGUCUUUGGUGUUUUGCUGGCUGGUGUUAGAUAUGCUUGGCCAUGCUUAUAUUGGCAAAAAAAGUAUCACACCCACAAUGAGUUGAAACAAUGAAAAAGAGGGGAAAGAUACAUGGAUUAUGGUACUGAAAACUGAUCAAGCAUUCAGCACUGAAUAUUGUUAUUUUGGUUGUGGACACAAGACAUAUACAGAUCUUUCUGCGUGUAUUCAUAAAAACCAGAUACUCUUGGUUUAAUCCUUUAGUGAUCAAGAGGACAUGAUAUGUUAGAUAGGCUUGACAAACAUUUUCUCUUUUAUUUCAGAUAUAUGAAAACAUUGGUUAUAUAUUUUGGAUUUAAUGUAAACUAAUCCCUUCAAGUUUGCCAGAUCAAUCUCUCUUGCUCAUGAUUUGGGUUUAAUGUUAUUUACAUUACUAAUAAAAAGAAUGUCAUACAUUUUAGAAUCUCUUAUCUUGUUGUUUGUGAAAAUUCGGUUGCAUAAAUUUGACAUAAAUCCUUUGAGGUUUUCCUUUGGUUUCUACUACUUUUAGAAUGGAAAGUCUCGGGCAGUUGAACAAGGAUGGAGUGAGGUUAAGAAUGACAUGUGGCCCGAGACGCCUGACCUGUUGUCAACAAUUAUGCGAUACAUUUAAAAAUCAUGUAUCUUUCUAGUUUCUCCAGAGUGCAGUGAAAUUGUAGUUGAUGAGAUUAAUUAAUUUAUUAUGGCAUUGACUGAUGAACUUUUGUACUUUUUCU